CCUGAAAAGCGAUGCUUGAGUGUUUUGACACUUGCGAGACGCCGUACUUUGGAAUCCGGAAGCAUAGCUGCUGUCAUCCAAACAAACAACAUGGGCUGAUUUUGGAGACUGUCAUCUAGAGGCGUAGUCCUCCAUUUGCAAAAGUGUCUAAGUCUAGAGAAGGUGACUGGAAGAAGUUGACUGUAUUUUGUUAAGCUUUUUUACAAAUCAGCCAUGGCUCGGGAAGAAGAGGAAGAGGAGCUGACAGUCGAUGGACCCAAGGAGGUGGACAUGUUUACAUCAGUGCGUUGCCUGGGUUACCUGUCCAGCGUCAACCUCCUGGUGGCGGUAUGCGUUGGCAUGUACGUACGCUGGGAGGUGACAAGUGAACCAAUGAUUCUGGUCAUCUUCAUCCUGGGCCUCUUUGUCAUGGGGAUAGCCAGCAUCCUCCAUUACUACUUUGCUAUGGAGAAGGCCAGUCUCAGCUUGUUCCAUUUGUGGUUUGGCUUUUUGCUCGGCCUUCAGUGCUUCCUCAACAGCCCCGCCUUGAAUUUAAAUGUCAAGGAACUGGUCGCCAACUAUCUCCUGUUAGCCAGCGUAAUCAUGAAAGCAGUAUGGGCUUUAACUGAGCGAAUAUGCAGCUCCAUCCGUUACAAACCCACCUUGAUAACAGCAACUGAGCUACUGGAGCUCCUGGGAUUUAGCAUUGCCAGCACUACCAUGCUUCUUCACAAGUCAGUGGCCAUAAUAGGCUUGGUGGUGGCCCUAGGGGCUCUCAUUGUGGACCUAAGGAUGAAAUCCCUCCUGGCCUUGCCUAACCUUGUCAGUUUUGCCUUAGUUACUUCUCUUGUGUUUUUCCAGGCCUUAGGCAUUACAGCCAACCCUUAUGCUUUAGGCUGCUACAUGGGCAGGCUGCUGUGCGAGCCUGUGCUAGAUGUUUACUUCAGUGUGCUGGGGCCCAGCGAGCGCUGGAUACCAGUGCUCUCCAUGGGGAGGGUGUGGAGGAUGCUGUCCCUGCUGCCCCUGAGUCUGACUGAGCUGGCCUUUUUUGUCCUGGCUGCCUUAAAGCUUGGCCACUUGGAGCUCUGGUAUCUGGUGAUCCCGGGCUUCUGCCUGUUUGGCCUUUUCUGGUUCAUCUGCCACAUAAUUCUGCUGAUGACAAUAUGGGGCUUCCACACCAAGUUGAGUGAAUGUCAGAAGGCCUGGCGGGCCCAGCGAUCCAGUAGCCGGAGUCUCGACAAAGUCAUGGCUUCCAGGGGCAUCCGACACUUCUGCCUUAUUUCAGAACGGCUGGUGUUCUUUAGUAUGCUGUCAACGGUCAUACUGGGGGCUGUGUCCUGGCAGCCCUCCAACGGCCUUUUUCUCAGUGCUCUGCUGGUGGUGCUGCCUUUGGAGUCUCUGACUCACGGCUUGUUCCACGAGCUGGGCAGCUGCCUUGGGGGAACUUGUGUUGGCUACGCCCUGGUAAUACCUACUGCUUACUGCAGUGCUGAUGGCCAGCCCACGCUCCUACCACCUGAGCAGGUACAACAGCUGAACCUGCGCUCAACAGGUAUGCUGAACAACGUGCAGCGCCUCUUCUCCCACCACAUGAUCCAGACGUUUGGUUGUGACUACUCCACCAGUGGUGUCACGCUGGAGGCCGUGCAGUCAAAGCUACGCAACUUUCUGGAGCUUCGUACAGCAGACGGGCCCCGUCAUGACACCUAUCUGAUUUUCUACAGUGGGCACACGCACAAAGGCACUGGGGCUUGGGCGCUGGCCGGAGGUGAGAGCCUCCACAUGGCACAGUUGCUGGAGUUGUGGAAGGAGAAGAACGCCGGCCACUUCUCCCGUCUCAUCCUCGUCUUGGAUACUGAAAACUCCCUCCCCUGGGUGAAGGAGAUACGCAGGGUGGAUGGCAUCUAUGUAGCCGUGCAGGGCGCUGAGCUGUCCUCCACCCGGGUGGACCCAGAGGCUGGAGACACCCCCCUCCUCGGGGACUUCACUUCCGAAUGGGUGGAGUUCAACUGCAACCCAGACAGCGACACCCAGUGGUCAGAAAAGGGAAGGACUGUGACGGCCGCAUACGGCGUGUCCAAGCGCUGGAGUGACUACACGCUUCACCUGCCCACCGGAAGUGAUGUGGCCAAGCAUUGGAAGACACACUUUCCAAAGGCUACAUAUCCCAUGGUGCACCUCUCCAACUGGUGCUGUGGCCUCAACCUGUUCUGGUUAUGUAGUGUGUUUCUGCGCUGCUUCAGGAGAUGUAAACUAGCUUGGUUCCCACCAGCUGUACUGGACACUGGCCAGGGCAUUAAACUGGUGCACUCUUAGAUAAUAAGGGAAGUUGACAUGUACAUUUUGACUCUGGUAGUUUGUUUUUCUGCGUAGGUACAUACGUUUAUAGAAAGGAAAAAUAAUGCUCCACACAAACAUGCACACAGGUUCAACUCAUCCCAUAUGUAUUUCUGCAUGUUUAAUUGCUAUAAUGCAGAGCAGUUGUGCUGGUAAUUUGAUAGCAAAACACCAGCUCAAUAUUAUAUUAUAUUAUAUUAUAUUGUAUAACCCAAAAAGAGGGAGUGAAGAAAUAAAUAAAAUAACUUCUUUUAAUGGUAAAAUAUUCCACAAUAACAGUGGAUGAAUCCAUAUGAAGCACACACCUAUAGAUUCUUCAAAUAUGAUGAGGUAAAAGACCAAAUUGUGUGUUUUUGUUUUGGGACUGUGUGAUAUUGUGUUUUUGAAUACUAUUUUUUCCAUUAUCAUAAUUAUUUCUUUCUGGUUUCAUGUAAUUUUUUUUCAAUAUGAUAGUGCCUUAAAGUGCCUAAAGGAUGGAUGUGGGAUCAUCUUUGAUGGGGAUGCCCUAAUUAUAUAUAUAUAUUUGCCUCUUACUUACAUCUGGGGAUUCAGCUUACACUUUCACCGUGUGAGCAGAGAUGGGCUCAGUGUCUUCCUAAAGUCUUUCAACAGGAUAGACAAAAACAUUGACUGUUGUGGGGCUGAACUCUGUGACCCUCUGCUUACGGAACUGUCUAACAACGAGGGCAACCUGCCACUCUUGCUGUGGGAUCUUUUCCUCGUCACUUUAAAACAUUUCAGAUAUGCAUUUAUUCCUGAAUUGAACCAAGACAGAUGCAUCUGCUGUGAGGCAGUGUGUAAUCUCUAGACACAGGCCCUUUAUUGUGCAAAUUAAUUCAAGUCGAAGAAGUCAUUACAGUGCUCUGUACAAACAAAGUUGUCCUUGCCACGCUGUGAAAAAGUGAUGUGUCAUGCAAAACGACAAAUCAAGAAGCAGCCAAUGCUUUUUAUUGGUGCACUGACCUUAAGAAGUCAUAUUGACCAUCCUUUAUUUCCUACUUUAUUAGCUGUGUUGGAUCCCUCUCCCACACAACCCUAAACUCUGGAGUGGAUUGCUGCCUUAAAGUGUGUGUCACUGUGACUUUUCCAAGAGGUCAAGUUAGGGCUGGGCUGUAUGACGAUAUAUAUAUUGUCAAAUGUAUUAAAAUUCUAUUGUAUAUAUUUUUCAAUAUAGUUUCUAUCCUUGAUGUCGAAAAAACCAGAUGUUCAUUUUGCAAUUAAGUUCUUAAUAAAAUGGGGAAAAUACUCUGUACUUUUCAUUUGUCAAGUUUUUAAUUCACACAGGAGUUUACAAAAAAGCCUUUACCAUGUGGUUAUUUUAUAUAUACUUUAUUGAAUUAGCAGAAAAAAUGCUACAUCGUGAUAUAUAUAUAUGUGGUUAUCAAGAUGAAAUGACCUAUAUCAGGAUAGAAAACGUUGGCCAUAUCGCCCAGCCCUAGGUCAAGUGGCAUUUUCCACGUUAAUUCCCCCUGUGCCUCAUUGAAGUUAUGCUUGACAAUUUCAAAACUAAACUUGGAUACUAAACCGAU